GACAUUUUACAAUGCUACUUUGCUAAUGGUGAACGACAGCCCAAAAAAUCUUCAGCAGUACGAUCUGCUUGCUGCUUGCUCUUCAUUUAGUACCGUUUGCACCGUUUGCCUAGCUUUGACCCAUUUGACCAUUGUGGCUGAACCAGAUAAGGCUGUCAUCGUGUACAUUGUGGGAGCAACCAGUGAAUGUCUACGCUACUUCGAAGAAAUGCAUCUAAAAUUCUUCUUUCUCCAGUACGAAAGUGUACAAAAUUUUGAAUUGUACUUUAUUGGAAACAUGAUAGAGGCCCAAGAAUCUGAGGAGUCAAUUUUUUGCGUGGGAGAUCUAAAAAGAACGGUUCUUAAACGGAAUGUACCUGGGAUCGGAAAUAUGACCCCUCUUCUUGUUUCGCAAUUUUAUCCUCGUUCUGUACAAAUAGAGGAACCAGAUGAUCGCUAUUGGCCGGAAUGUCUCAUUAAGAUUCUUCAAACAUAUGGUGCGCCAAUUUUUUUUACAUCUAUAUCAAAGGUGCUAGCACUUUCCAAUUAUUCAGUAUUCAACGAUUUGGCCAGAGAGAACGACAUUGUGAUCAAACGAUCGUACAAUAUCACCAAAAAUCUCUAUCGUGGAAUAUUGCCAUUGCGCAAUCAUUGUGCCGAAGACUCUGAAAUGAUAGUGUACAACAACAACUAUCUUGAGGUGAUGUUUACGAAUCCCAAAAACUGAGAUAUUAUUAUGCAUAAAACUAAACUCUUUGAAAGAGUUAAUAUCGAAAAGUAUACAAUUCGUGUACUUAAUACUCAUUAGAUCUAGAUCUAGAUCUAGAUAGUACCCACAUAAGGGGUAUAAAAAGUUGGCUUUGUUUUAGAGUUAUAUAAAAUUCUGUUAUAUUCCAUUGCAAUUUAAUAAAUAUCUAUUUUUAAGAAAAAUAUGUGAACAAAUACGUUCGCAUCUGUUACACUCCAUUUUGAAAUAUGUGAACAAAGAUUUGCUUAUCUGCUAUGUUUCAAUAUAAUAAACAUCGUUCAACUUUUAAA